AUGACAGGCCAAAACACUGCAGACAAGGGCUCUGGCUCGACUCACUCAUCUGUACCCAACGCCAAGAAUGAGACUAUUCGUGUCGGAAUCCGCGAUGGCGUCACAGGAAAGUUCAAGUUGGUCCCCAGGACAGAGGCUGUAGUCUCGGUUUUUGACUCCAACUUCCUUAUUGGAGAUGGAAUAUGGGAGGGUAUUCGCGCAAACAAGGGCCGAGUCCAAUUUGCACGAGAGCACAUCAACCGCCUAUUUCAGUCUGCCAAGGCCAUGUACAUGGACCUCGGCCUCUCAAAGGGAGAUCUUCUCAAGCUGAUCCAUGACACUCUCGAUGCAAACGACAUGAAUCAAGAUGAACAUGUUCACAUCCGCCUCGUCGUUAGCCGUGGCCUCAAGUCGACCCCAUACCAAAACCCCCGCGUGAACAUUGGUCUACCCUUGAUCGUCAUCAUUCCGGAAUCAAAGGCCGUUGAUCCUAACUCCAAGGCCCGAGGGCUGAGACUUGCUACAACAUGGGUCCGACGCGGCCCUCCUGACGUCAAAGAUGAGCAGUGGAAUCACAUCUCCAAGGCCACCGACGUCCAAGCCUGCAUCAGCGCCAAUGUCAUGAAUGUUGACGAGGCACUUAUGCUUGAUCUUCGCGGAUUCGUCAAAACGUGCAACUCGGUCAACUUUUUCAUCAUCCGAGACAGUGAGGUCUGGGCUCCUACCAAGGACAACCAGAUGCAAGGUAUCACACGCCAAAAGACAAUUGAUGUGUGUCGAGCCAACGGCAUCACUGUUCGUGAGCUCGACUUUACUCUCACUGAAGUUUACGGCGCAGACGAAGCUUUCUGCACUGGAACGUUCCCAUCACAAAUACAUGUUACCGAAGUCGAUGGAAGAACAAUCAGCGAUGGAAAGAGAGGCCCAGUCACUGAGAGAAUCCAGAAGCUCUAUUCGGAGCUUGUGAGCAAGGAUGUGGGCAGGCCAAGGGAUGAAAUCAUGGCCGAGGUAACUGCUCCGCGGGAUUUGAGCUUUUUGAAGGCAAGUCGAUUAUAA